UGUGCACGGCUAGGAGUGAGGAGAAGCUGGCGGCUGAAGGGACCCCUCUCCCCCUGGGAAUCAGGAUGACUCUCUGCCAUCCAGAUCUGACCGAGCUGAGCAAGAUGGAAGAAGAGGAACUGGAGAAAAUCAAAUGGCAUCGGCAGCAGCUGAUGGAAGACAUUCAGAAGCUGAAAAACGAGAUUGCAGACGUGUUUGCACAAAUAGACUGCUUUGAAGAUGCAGAAGAGAGCCGGAUGGCCCAGAAGGAGAAAGAGCUGUGUAUUGGCCGGAAAAAAUUCAACAUGGAUCCCAUAAAGGGAAUCCAGUACUUGACAGACCACAAGCUGCUCUCUCCCAAAAUGGAGGACAUCGCUCAGUUCCUCUACAAGGGAGAGGGGCUGAACAAGACGGCCAUCGGCGACUACCUGGGGGAGAGGGACUCGCUGAACCUCCAGGUCCUCCAAGCCUUCGUGGACUGCCACCAGUUCUCCAACCUGAACCUAGUGCAGGCUCUCAGGCAGUUCCUGUGGAGCUUUCGGCUGCCGGGCGAGGCCCAGAAGAUCGACCGGAUGAUGGAGGCCUUCGCCACGCGCUACUGCGUCUGCAACCCGGGGGUCUUCCAGUCCACGGACACCUGCUACGUGCUCUCCUUCUCGGUCAUCAUGCUGAACACCAGCCUGCACAACCCCAACGUGCGGGACAAGCCCCCCUUUGAGCGCUUCGUGUCCAUGAACCGGGGCAUCAACGAGGGUGGAGACCUGCCCGAGGAACUGCUCAGGGAUCUGUUCGAGAGCAUCAAGAGCGAGCCGUUCUCCAUCCCCGAGGAUGACGGAAAUGAUCUCACUCACACCUUCUUCAACCCCGACCUAGAAGGCUGGCUGCUCAAACUCGGGGGCAGGGUGAAGACCUGGAAGCGGCGCUGGUUCAUUCUGACCGAUAACUGCCUCUACUACUUCGAAUUCACCACAGACAAAGAGCCCCGGGGCAUCAUUCCACUGGAGAACCUCUCCGUCCAGAAGGCGGAAGAUCCCAAGAAGCCGUACUGCUUGGAGCUUUUCAACCCCAACUGCAAGGGGCAGAAGAUAAAAGCUUGCAAGACCGACGGGGAUGGGAAGGUGGUAGAGGGUAAGCACCAGUCUUACAAGAUCUCCGCCUCCAGCGCCGAGGAGCGGGACCAGUGGAUCAAGGCGAUCCGCGCCAGCAUCACCCGAGUCCCCUUCUAUGACCUGGUCUCUGCACGCAAGAAGAAGAUCGCCAGCAAACAAUGACCCUCACAGGUGACUUUUGACUCCUGAAGACCACCUGACAGCUUCCACAAUCGGGAGACUCCGGAGAUCCUUUAGACAUCCCAUCGCCCUCAAAACUUCAGUUUUUUGUGGAAACGGCAGCCAGGGUUGGGGUGCACAUUGGGAGCCGGCACUGCUAGCCUGAGGGGCUUCUAGGGACACUUAGGCCUCCGAGAGUAUUCUUCUGGAGCAGACCCAGCCAUGCUUUCCAGUCAAUGCCAUGAGGAACAGAGCAGGACUUGGGGAAUUUGCUCCUCUGGAUCUCCGUCAUGUGGUACCAACCUGCCAUUUUGUCUUCUGUAGACACUAGGGGACAGAAAGGAGGCAACUUCCUCUCCAUGUAUUUAGGGCUCCACUAAAGGGACCUAAGCCUUGAGAAGAGAGGGCCUCGGCUGGUGGGAGAGCAGGUCCAGCAGCCAGCAGGCCCCUCCUCAGGAUGACAGGUCUGGCUAGUUCAUCUUUCUUUCCAAAGCGGACCUGCCAUGAUCUCAUCCCCCUUGCCUCCCCGGACUCUGGGCAGCUGGCUUCCUGGGACUGGCAAUCCAGGACUUCCUGCUAGGUUCCAGACACCCAGCCAGUUGACACUCAACACUAGUCUUUCCUCUGGACCUCAACCCGCCCGCCACCCCUGUGAGCCGGACCCCCAGUGGAGUUCUUAGCAGCCAUUGCCUUGGGGGACAGGGCUGCCUUCUCAUCAUCCUUGUCUCUCCAACCGUGGCCCGAGCUCACCCUCUCCAUUCUGCCAGGGUUGGUGAUGGAUUGUCCAGAACUGCGGAGAACCGAAGUCUUGACAAGGGUGGUUCUCGAGGAGUUGGGGUUUGUGGGGGUCUGUCUCCCUUGUUAGGGUGUCAGCUCCUUGAG